AUGGUUGGUGAUAAGAAGAGCAUCCAUCUACAGGAACGAUGCCAACGAUUGGAGAGUAUGGCUGAAGGUACCCAACCUACGAAGAAGAGGAAGCUGUUGGACAAGAACCACUCCUUCAAGAAGGAAUGGGAAGCAGUCUUCAUUGUCGAGCGCAAGGGAAAGGCUUUGUGUGUCAUCUGCCAUGAGACCGCUGCUAUUAUGAAGGUGUGUAACGUGAAGCAUCACUUCACUUUGGUGCACCCCAAGCAAGCUGUGUUGCCUGACAACAAGAAGAAGGCAGAGUUUGGGCAUCUGAGUGCCCAACUGGAGAAGCAAUGUACCUUCAUGAAGAGGAUUGUCUCUUCGGCGGUAGCAGCUGCUGAGAGCAACACUCAGGCCAGCUACUGUGUUGCACACCUUGUGGCCAUCAACCUCAAGCCAUUUACCGAAUUCUUCAAGGUGUGCAUAAUGGCUUCUGUGGUUAAGUUGAGGGAGUUUGAGGCCAUCAGUCUGUCUGCCAGGACCUUGACCCGCCACAUAGAGGAGACGGCUGACAAUGUCCAGGGCACCCUGAAGGACACGUGUCAGUCUGCUCGCUUCUUUUCCAUUGCCUUGGACGAGUCGACUGACAUCAAGGGCAUGGCUCAGUUUGCCAUCUUCUUCCUCGGUGGCAGGGAUGACUUCAUCAAUUUUGAGGAUUUCAUCAGAUUCAUCCUCCUCAGCGGUGCCACCAUUGGUGCCGACGUGUGCAAGGCAGUCACAGACUGGCAGAAGGAGGUCAACCUGACCUCUCUUGCAUGUGUGGCAUCAUGA